AUGAACCCAGCUAUCACCAACUUGGCGCUCAUGCUCGUCAUGAUGCAGGUCUCUCGUCGUUUGGACCUCGAGGACCCUGACAUCUUGUUUUACGUCAGAAUCGCUUAUCUUUCGUGCCAGGCCAUUGCCUUUGCCGUGUGCCUCUAUGUCAAGUUCUCCAUCAACAAGAAGAACGACUUGACCACGUUGAAGUACGUCGAGCCUGCCAACCCUAUGGCUGGCCAGCCUGAGCCCAAGGCCGUCGUGACCACCGUCAAGGAGUACGACUUGAAGCAGAUUGACCAGCAAAUCAAGGGUCUCUUCACCUCCUUGGCCAUGAUGGGCUUCAUGCACGUGUACAUGAAAUACACCAACCCGUUGGUCAUGCAGAGCAUCUCGUCUGUCAAGGGUGCCUUGGAGACCAACAUUGUCAAGAUUCACUUGUGGGGCAAGGCUGCCUCUGGCGACUUGAAGAGACCUUUCAAGGCUGCACCAGGUUUGUUGCAGGCUUUGCAGGGUGCCGGUGGCGAUGUCAAGACCGACAAGGCCUCCAUUGACGCUGCUGAGACCAGCGGUGCCGGCGGUAUCAAGGAGGAGUAA